GGGGGGGGGGGAAAUCUUGGGAGCAUUGGGAGGUUUUUUUUUAAUUCCUGGCCCUGGAGGAAAUGGGAAAUAAUGGGAGUCUGGACAAACAGACGGACCUGAAGCCUCACACUAUGCCACUGAAGCUGCCCAUCCCCGAACAAAGCGAACUGGAGGAGAGGUUCUCGAUGGUUUUGAAUUCCAUGAACCUCCCGCCUGACAAGGCCCGGUUACUGAGACAGUACGACAACGAGAAGAAAUGGGAUCUCAUUUGUGACCAGGAACGCUUUCAGGUGAAAAAUCCUCCUCAUACCUACAUCCAGAAACUAAAGAGUUAUUUAGACCCGACGGUCACCAGGAAGAAAUUCCGGCAGAGAGUUCAGGAAUCGACUAAGGUUCUGCGGGAGUUGGAGAUUUCCCUCCGCACCAACCACAUUGGGUGGGUCCGUGAGUUCCUGAACGACGAUAACCAAGGGUUGAACGUGCUGGUGAACUAUCUGUCGUUCGCACAAUGUGCCGUGAUGUUUGACUUUGAGGUUGUGGAGAACGGAGGCGACGAUGGGACGUUCAACAAGGCCAAGCCCUGGGGCAGGUCAAUAGAGGAUCUGCACCAAAGCCAUGUCCUGCCACUGCCUUUCGGCAAUAGUCUGUCUCGCUCUGCCAGGCAAUCUAUCCUACGCUACAACACGCUGCCCGACAGGAAAACACUGAAAAACUCCAGGCUGGUCUGUCACAAGGACGAUGUUCAUGUCUGCAUCAUGUGUCUGAGAGCCAUCAUGAAUUACCAGUAUGGCUUCAACCUGGUCAUGUCUCACCUGCACGCUGUAAACGAAAUUGCACUUAGCCUAAACAACAAAAACCCCAGGACCAAAGCCCUGGUGUUGGAGUUGUUGGCAGCCGUGUGCCUUGUGAGGGGAGGACACGAGAUCAUUCUGUCUGCGUUCGACCACUUUAAAGAGGUGUGUAAGGAGAAACAUCGCUUCGAAAACUUGAUGGAGUAUUUCCGAAACGAGGACAGCAACAUCGACUUCAUGGUGGCCUGUAUGCAGUUCAUCAACAUUGUGGUACAUUCUGUGGAGGACAUGAACUUCCGUGUUCACCUACAGUUCGAGUUCACCAAACUAGGGCUCGACGAGUUUCUGGAGAAAUCCAAGCACACAGAGAGUGACAAGCUCCAGGUGCAGAUCCAAGCCUAUCUGGACAAUGUCUUCGAUGUUGGGGGGCUGCUGGAGGACGCUGAAACCAAGAACGCAGCCCUGGAGAAGGUGGAGGAACUGGAAGAGCACUUAUCACACUUAUCGGAGAAGCUCCAUGACCUGGAGAAUGACAACAUGAUGAGAGUGGCUGAACUGGAAAAGCAGCUUCUCUUUCGAGAUAAAGAACUGGAAGCCAUCAAGGAGACGUACAAAGACGCCAGCAGCCAGGUCCACACCCUGCGGAGGAUGAUCAAGGAGAAAGAGGAAGCUUUCCAACGGCAAUUCCACAGAGACAAACGCUGCCAGGACCUGGAGGGAGCCCAUCGCAGAAGCCAGGACGGAGACAUGUCCAUUGGCUCCUCGGACACUCCAGACGGGCUACCCCACAGCCCCACCCGUGUCCCAGAUUCAACCCCAUCCCUUCCACCCCCACCAGUCGCUCCACCCUUACCCGGUAUGAUCCCACCCCCACCGCCCCCGGCACCAGUAGCCCCUCCUCUACCAGGAAGCUCCUUGUCGGUGAUCCUCAGUGUUGGAUUAUCAGCAAUCCGGAUAAAGAAACCCAUUAAAACCAAGUUCCGUUUGCCGGUGUUUAACUGGAUGGCCCUGAAACCCAACCAAAUCAAUGGCACCGUCUUCACCGAGAUUGACGAUGAGAAGAUACUGGAGGAACUGAACCUGGAUGAGUUUGAGGAUCUGUUCAAGACCAAGGCCCAGGGGCCCGCUUUGGAGGUCUCGUGCCAGAAAGCCAAGAGCUCGCAGAAAUCCCUGAGCAAGGUCACCCUGCUAGAGGCCAAUCGGGCCAAGAAUCUGGCCAUCACAUUGCGUAAGGCGGGCAAGACAACCGAGGAGAUCUGCCGAGCCAUUCAGAUGUACGACUUGAAGACGUUGCCUCUGGAUUUUGUGGAGUGCCUGAACCGGUUCCUCCCUCUGGAGGCCGAGGUGAAGCUGCUCAAACAGUACGAGAAGGAGAGGAAGCCUCUGGAUGACUUGUCUAACGAGGACCGCUUCAUGCUGCAGUUCUGCAAGAUCGAGCGCCUGCCCCAGAGAAUGACCAUCAUGACUUUCAUCGGCAACUUUGCCGACAACUUGCAGAUGUUGAACCCGCAACUCAAUGCUAUCAUCGCGGCUUCGGCUUCUAUCAAAUCCUCACAGAAAUUAAAGCGGAUGUUGGAGAUCAUCCUCGCUCUGGGCAACUACAUGAACAGCAGUAAGAGAGGAUCGGUGUACGGCUUUAAGCUGCAGAGUCUAGAUCUUCUCCUGGACACCAAAUCCACUGACAGAAAACUCACCCUAUUGCACUACAUCGCUAUUGUCAUAAAAGAGAAAUAUGCGGAAAUCACUAACUUCUGGAGCGAACUGCACUUCAUUGACAAAGCAGCUGCAGUGUCGCUAGAGAACGUGCUGCUGGAUGUGAAGGAGAUGGGACACAACAUGGAGCUGAUCAGGAGGGAGUGCAGUCGGCACGACCACAAUGUGGUCCUCAAGGAAUUCCUGGCCAGGAACGAGGCCAACCUGGAGAAGCUGCAGAAGGAUUCCAAAACCGCACAGGAAGCCUACAGCGCGGUGGUUGGCUACUUUGGAGAAAAUCCCAAAACAACACCUCCGUCCGUGUUCUUCCCGGUGUUUGUCCGCUUCGUCAAGUCCUACAGGGAAGCGGAACAGGAAAACGAGCAAAGGAAGAAACAGGAACAAGCGUUGAGAGAGAAGAUGUUGGCUCAGGAAGUCAAACAACAACAACAGGACCAAAAGUCUCCGUCUCACAGGAACAAGCGGCAGCAGCAGGAGCUAAUCGCUGAGCUGCGGAGACGUCAGGUCAAAGAACAUCGACCGGUGUACGAAGGCAAAGAUGGGGCCAUUGAAGAUAUUAUCACAGUGCUGAAGAGCGCCCCCUUCACAGCUCGGACUGCGAAGCGUGGUUCCCGGUUCUUUGCUGAAACGUCAUUGUCUGAAGAGUUCAACUGUUAAUGAUGGUGGACUCUCUACAGUCUGCAGUUGGACAGAUCUUAGAAGUCAACCAUAUCGACACGCAGACACGGUGAGACGUGACUGCAGGAGACGGCUCGAGAGAGAGAGAAAGAGGGAGUGAGAGAGAGCGGCGGAAGCCAGAAUAAGCCGUCGGACUAUGAACAGUGCCUUUGGCAAAUGCUUGAGAGAGGGAGGGACGGAGGGAGGGAGGGAGGUGGGGAUCCCAAUGUUUCUCUCGAACGAAGGAUUUUAAUCCAACGCCCCCCCAACUCAGCACAGUGACAAGGACAUUUGGGCAACACUGGGAGGGGUUGAGGGUGAGAGGGAGAAAAAGUUUCCCUUGGGGGUGUAUCGGAGGAGAAAGAGGAGUGAAUAUUGGGAAUGUAUAAAUCCACUCUCCUCUCAUUCUCUCUCCAUCCCUCCCUCCCUCCUCCUAUUUCGCCCCCUCACCACAUGAAGGAAACCCAGGGAUCCACAUGAUAACAAUCGCAGUAUUAACAAGACGGAAAGCAAAAUCGCGAUCCCUGGGGACUCGGACAAGAACAGAAGCAAAAGACUUUGAAACGAUAAAAGUAUUCACUUUGUUCGACGUCAAAAAAAAAGAACGAGACACAGACAAUUCGUGUUUGAAAACAAGUGCCUCUCACCUGCAGUAUUACCUGGAAAAAAUAGCUACUCGUUUGUUUGUUGUUGUUUGUAGUCUUAAUUAAUUAAUUUAAGGUGUUCUUUGUUUCUAGUAUUAGACUUCUGUAUCGUACCCUUUCACCCUCUCUCUAGACUUCAAAGGGUAUAUAAGUGACUGCUAUUACCAAAGGUUAGAGGGAUGGCCCCUUUAAUAAUCCUUGCAUUUUUGAUACAGCGCCUUAUCACGUCUUCGA